UCACCAGCCAUCUCCACCCUGCUCUCAGCUUUGUUUACUCCCGAAACAUCCGGACCAACAGCUCGAGCCAGUCUUUACUCUGUAAACAUAUAUUUCACCAUCCAACAUCAUCACUGCAAUCACACACACCUCAGCAUCAUGCGGGGGCUACUGGAUAGCAGCUGGAUGAGGUUUGGACCAGCAGGCAGAGAGUCAUAUGACUGGGUGACAGGAUCUCCUUCAACAUCAGAGCAGCAGGACAACAGUUUUUAUGGACUGGAAUUAGGAUUUCCAGAAAGUUUGGAGCUGGUGGUUUACAUUAUCCUCCCAGUUGUCUCCGUCCUCCUGCUGGCUGUCCUGGUUGGUCUGAUAUACCGCUGUUGUUCACACAGUAAACUAAGCUUGGCUAACAUCAUCACUCUUGACCUUGAGGAUGCAGAGAGCAGCGUUGAGUUUCUGUCCUCUCUGACCAAGAACGCCGAGCGCCACGCCAGCACCAGCUCUGAUGGAUCCGAUGGAGUCUUUGUUAUGGUCUACCUGCCUCCACCGUACGAGGAAACGCUCACCAAGAUCACGAGGGCUGCCAGCCUAUCCAGUUCCAAAGAUGUAGAGUCCAUAAAAAUAGAAAAUAUAGAAGAAAAACUGUGUCCAGAGCUCAAAUCCACUGGGUGAUAGUUGUCCUAAAUCAGACCCAGCCUACUUAUGGAAGAAAUAUAGUAUCAUCAGAAUCCAACUGUUAUAAAUUC